GGACAGCUGUGCUGGUCCUGAAAAGCCAGGCUGCGCGUGCUGCUCGGAGAAGGUUCCGGAGGAGUGGCAGCAGAAGCGGCGGCAUCUGUGUCCGGCCGUGGAGGAAGCAGCGGAAUCAUCCAGAGCACUGCUCCCACUCCUGCUCCUUUUUUUCUCUUCUCUCUCUCUCUCUCUCUCUCUCUCUCUCUCUCUCUCUUUCUCCCUCUCUCAUCUCCCUCUCUCUUUCUGGAGUUGAGAUUUGCUCCGGAGACAGACAAGCUGCGAGAGUGAGGGCACUCGCAGGAGCAGGGUUGGAUCGCGGUUGUCACGGAGCGCAGACCUGGCUGCCCACAUGCCGAUCGAAUUUGUGUGCAAGAUCAAGUUUGCAGAGGAGGAUGAGAAGCCGACGGGCAAGCAGGAGGGGGACAGGGAGAGUCUGAUCGAGGAGAGCUGCAGCCCCCCGGUGAGGGACCUGGCUGGCUUCGCCAACUCCUGCUCCCUGCAUGGGAUUAACCACAUCUUCGUCACCGGCCGUCUUGGCAUCCGGCAGACCCUGUGGGCACUGGCCUUCCUCGUGUCGCUGGUCUUCUUCCUGUACCAAUCAGCGAAGUGCGCCAUCUCGUACCUGGAGCACCCGCAUGUCACGGCGGUGAACGAGGAGGCGAGCCAGGAGAUGGUGUUCCCCGCCGUCACCAUCUGCAACAUCAACCGCUUCCGAUUCUCCGCGCUGACGGACGCCGACAUCUACCACCUGGCCAGCCUGAUGGGGCUGCCGCCCAAAAAUAAGGAAGGCCACAAGCCCACAGACCUGAAGUACCCUGCCCCUGACAUGCAGGACAUCUUCAACAGGACGGGCCACCAGCUGGAGGAGAUGCUCAAGAGCUGCAACUUCAGUGGACAGAACUGCUCCGUGAAGGACUUCACCGUGGUCUACACGUGGUAUGGGAAGUGCUACACGUUUAACGGGAACAAGACUGCAUCUAAGAGAACAAAGCAAGGAGGAAUGGGGAACGGGUUGGAGAUCAUGCUGGAUAUUCAGCAGGAUGAAUAUCUGCCCAUUUGGAAAGAGACAAAUGAGACCUCGUUGGAAGCAGGCAUCCGAGUUCAGAUCCACAGUCAGGACGAGCCCCCGUACAUCCACCAGCUAGGAUUUGGGGUCUCCCCUGGCUUCCAGACCUUCGUGUCAUGUCAGGAGCAGAGGCUGACCUACCUGCCCCAGCCCUGGGGGAACUGUCGCUCCACGCAGGACCAGAUGAUCCCGGGCUAUGACACCUACAGCAUCAGCGCAUGCCGGCUGAGCUGCGAGACGCAGGAGGUGCAGCGGCAGUGUCAGUGUCGCAUGGUUCACAUGCCAGGAAAUUCUGAUAUCUGCCCUCCCAGCAAAAUCAUGUGUGUAGACACAGCACUAGCUGCGCUGCAGAAGAGCGAGUCUUGCGCCUGUGACACCCCGUGUAAUCUGACUCGUUACGGCAAGGAGCUCUCCAUGGUGAAGAUACCCAGCAAGGGCUCUGCGCGGUAUCUCUCCCGCAAGUACGACAAGUCGGAGGACUACAUAAGAGACAACUUUCUUGUUUUGGAUAUUUUCUUUGAAGCCCUGAACUAUGAAACCAUUGAACAAAAGAAAGCCUAUGAUGUGGCUGGAUUGUUAGGUGACAUUGGUGGCCAGAUGGGACUGUUCAUCGGGGCCAGUGUUCUGACAAUCUUAGAAGUGCUCGAUUACAUCUAUGAGGUUAUGAAGGACCGGAUACAGCGCUUGCUGAAGCCACCUAAGAAGGAACAGAAUAAGCAGCAGAUGGGCAGCGUGGCCACAGUGCGGCUGGACGAUAUGAAAGCCGCGGACCCCAGCGAAAUGCCAAGGAGUCACACAGAGGGGGCGACCUUCCCGACCACGAUCCUUCCCAACCAUCACCACCACGCUCAGCACAGUGUCUUUGAGGACUUCGCCUGCUAGGGCCGUCCCCACCACGAGGUGGUGGAAGUGCUCUUUCUGCGCGGAGUUGGGGGCGCAGUGACGGACGCCGGGCUCUCAGCUUUACCCUCUCGCUGUCCACCAGUGAAAGCUACAGCCAAAGUCAAACGGCCAACCUGUGCUGCCAACAGACUUUGAGUUCAAAGGCGCAGCGUAAAUGUCAGUGUUGUCCUGCUGGAGACUAAGGCCUCUCCCUGUUCUCCUCCUUCGGGAAGCUCUCCUCUUGUUAUCCUAAUAUUUCUAUACUGACCAUUUUGCUAAAUGCCCACUUAGGAGAAACCACUCAAGGACUGCAUGUGAUGUAGACCCAGUUUGUACUAAGAAAGAAAAUGAUAACCUGAAGUCGGGCACUUUUUUUUUUCCCAACAGUGGGUAUUCCCGUAAUAUAUCAUACUGUACUUCAUUUGACAAUAUCCCUCUGUGUACAUCUAUCUCUGCAGAGUUCGCUGAACGGUAGACAGCACAAGAAUAGCAACACGUAGCACCAAAUCUACAACAGGCACAGACAUUUCAUUUCUUUUAACUACGGAAUUUUUGUAAUGUUAAUUGUUUAUAUAAAAUUAAAACCUCAUUCAGAAUGAAGCAGAGCUUCUGAUUGCUGCUGCCAAUAGAUUUGACCAAGUAAAGGGUCAUUCUGUCACAAAUCUUCCUUUGUCUUUCCCAUGCAAAGGGACGUGUGGAGUAGUACUGUGAUGGUUUUUGAGCAUCAAUUUAGUCUCUUUGCCAUUCGCCAGCUAGGGGUCGAUGUGCAUGUAGGUUUUUUAUUGAUCUUUGAGGGGAAAAACAUGCUGAGAGCAGUGACAAUUAUAAAUAUUACAAGCAAAUGUACACACACACACGCAUAAACACUUUCUGGCUUACUAAAAUCGUCUCCUAUGUUACUGGAUGAAAUAAUAACUGGUCUGUUACAAAACCAAUAUGUCCCCAGUUCUCUGAUGGGACAGAAGGUUUUCCUGAAGUAAUAUCAUGACCCCUGUAAUUUACAUAUCUACCCACUUUGAUCUAGCCGCCCCCACCCUCAUUAUUAUCUCUACAUUGAGCCUCCAUGGACUCCCUUGUGAACCAGUAUAUAUAGGCCUCCACGGGUCAUUGGCUUGUGGAAUUCUUCUGUGAUUGGUGGUCCUAAGCCAGCAGUGGCCAUUAGAUGGCCAAAGAGCACAUUUGCCUUGAUCUGAUUGGCUGGGAUCCAGUAUGGGGGUCAAUGUAGAUGAAUCUGAGUCAAACAUCCUCAUUGGCCUAAACCUUUUGAUACAAACAGUCUAGUGUUCCAUUCAGUCAUCGGCUCUUUGGAUUCUUAAGUUACUCUAUUAUUUCAUAUAUCUACACAUAGCUGUUAUUCUUAGUUUUGCUAUAUUAGUAAUGAUCAGAACCACUCUACCACAUUAAAACAUCAUAAUUGAAUCAUAGGUGAAUUUAAGCAAGUGUCUUAUGUGCACCAUGGUAAAUACAUACAGCAAAUCCUUUUCCAAUAAUCAGGAACUGCACAUGGCUAUUAAAAUUCUAAAUCAAGCUUCUGAAUGGUUAUCCACCAAUAAUCAUGUACACUCUAUGCAUAGUAUCAUACCAUAUCAUAACCUAUUAUAACAGGUAUAUAAUCAUAAAAAAAUCAUAGCAAGUAAUGUGGAUAUUUUCCCCCCCUAAAUUAUGUAUUCAUUAUUCCGCCUUCUUAAAGAAGAAGAACAAUGGAGAGUGCAUCGUUUAUGGUGGAGGAUUCCGUAUCGGGAGGGAAGAAGCAUUGGACAGGAAAUCCUAAACAAAAAGAGGUGAUAUCGUAAUCCUGGAACUUACUGGAAAGGAAAAAAAACGAAACAUUUUGUACAUAAGACUACUGUUGUACCUGAUUUUUGUUUAGUUUGAAAACGUUUUAUAAAUGUAAUGGGAAUUAUAAUUCAGUAAUAUAAUUAAAAGUCAGAUUAAUAAAG